GCAGGAAAUGGGAACCAUGCUGCGCGAGUAUCGUAUCCUGUCAACCGGAUCUCCGCUCAGGCAGGGGCAAGUAGAGAGAAACCAUGCAGUAGUGGUACCUGCCGGGCUGAGCGAAGGUUGAAGAUUCUCAACUUAGGCGAUGUCAUGGUCGAAGUGCCUAAGGGAGCGGCGGGGGGUUCGACUCUGAACGUUGUGAUCCCUGCAGCCCCUGGGCGAAGCGACUGGGACUGGGACUUGCAACUUGCUAUUCGCAGUGGAGACUCCCUGGUCGUGAUGGAGAUUAUGCACCAGCAUUUUCACAGCAGCAAGGUGUUCACCGAAGCUUGUAACUCGCUCGUGCGAGUCGUGGAAGCCGAAGAGAGUAACAAGCGUAGAUCGGAAUUCUUGGAUCUGAGAGCCAUCGAGAUGAUCACUCAGGGUUCGCACGAGCACAACAAGGAGGAACCUGCAGUUGUGGCCGGAGCUCAAGCUCUCUCUGCGCUUUUCUUCGAUUCUUUCAACAGUACAAUUGCUGGUGCCAAGGCUGGUGCAGGAAGGCUGUUGCUCGACAACCUCGUUUUGCACAUGGAAAGCGCUGCCGUCAGGGAGUUCUCACUUGCUGCUCUCUGUAAUCUUUGCGCCACUGCUGAGGGAUGCCAGUCUUUAAAGGACUCUCAGAGAUCCUGGAAUAUGGCUGCCAGUUACUGUUUAGAAUGGUUCAAGGCGAUGCAUUUCUCUCAAAGACACUCGCGUCGUCCUGAGACUGCCAACACUAGCUAUCGUGCAGCCUGA